AUGAUGGCUCAGACACGAGCUCGGACUCGGACUCUGGAUCGAAUUCUGGCUCCAACUCGGAUUCGAAUGCCAAUUCAAGCUCGAACUCUGACUCCAAGUCUGGAUCGGGUUCUAAUUCUGGCUCAGGUUCCGGCUCCAACUCGAACUCGAAUGCCAAUUCAAGCUCGAACUCUGACUCCAAGUCUGGAUCGGGUUCUAAUUCUGGCUCAGGUUCUGGCUCCAACUCGAACUCGAAUGCCAAUUCAAGCUCGAACUCUGACUCCAAGUCUGGAUCGGGUUCUAAUUCUGGCUCAGGUUCUGGCUCCAACUCGGAUUCGAAUGCCAAUUCAAGCUCGAACUCUGGCUCUAAGUCUGGAUCGGGUUCUAACUCUGGCUCAGGUUCUGGCUCCAACUCGGAUUCGAAUGCCAAUUCAAGCUCGAACUCUGGCUCUAAGUCUGGAUCGGGUUCUAAUUCUGGCUCAGGUUCUGGCUCCAACUCGGAUUCGAAUGCCAACUCAAGCUCGAACUCUGGCUCCAAGUCUGGAUCGGGUUCUAAUUCUGGCUCAGGUUCUGGCUCCAACUCGAACUCGAAUGCCAAUUCAAGCUCGAACUCUGACUCCAAGUCUGGAUCGGGUUCUAACUCUGGCUCAGGUUCUGGCUCCAACUCGAACUCGAAUGCCAACUCAAGCUCGAACUCUGACUCCAACUCUGGAUCGGGCUCUAAUUCUGGCUCGGGUUCUGGCUCCAACUCGAACUCGAAUGCCAACUCAAGCUCGAACUCUGACUCCAACUCUGGAUCGGGCUCGAACUCUGGCUCUGGUUCUGGCUCCAACUCGGAUUCGAAUGCCAACUCAAGCUCCGGCUCAAACUCUGACUCAAAUUCUAACUCAGGUUCUGGAUCGAACUCGAACUCGGAUUCAAGCGCUAGUUCAAACUCCAAUUCUGAUUCGAAUUCGAAAUCUGGCUCUGGUUCAGGCAGCUCUGGCUCGAACUCUGGCGCUGGCUCGAACUCGAAUUCAAAUUCCAACUCCCACUCGAGUAACAGUGAUAACAAUGAUGAUGACGACAUCAUCUGUGAUGAUGAUGACGGUGAUGACAGCAGCCUCCUGCCGCCACUACUGCGACCAUUCCCAUCGGCUAGCAAGUCUUAAGAGAGUCAAAGGAUCAUCAUCAUCUCUAUCAACCACUAACACGCAGGAAAAGUCUUCGAGCAAGCCAAGUUCAUCGACAAAGUCCUCCAAGCAUCAUCACCACAGUACUUCGUCCUAA